AUGGCACUGCUGGACAACCCGUCAUCGGGACUAGCUGUCCAUAUCCAGUUCCCACCCAGCCCUCCCUCAACCGCCAAGGCUUCACGAGACGGAAGUACUCACGGAGAUUCUGAACCCGUCGAACUCAGCGGCAUCGGAUCCCCCACCGACACCAGCUCGGCGCAGAAACCAUACCCUCUUCCCCCAGCAUCGCGGCCCAAGAGUAUCCUGCCCGAAGAUCUCAAGACCCCAGACAAGCACGUCGAGCGGGACCCUCGUCUCAUCCGCCUGACGGGCGUACACCCGUUCAACGUCGAGCCACCACUCAGCGACCUGUACAAUGAAGGGUUCCUGACAAGCCAGGACCUGCAUUAUGUUCGCAAUCAUGGCCCCGUACCGGAGUGCGCUGACGAGGAUAUGCCAGACUGGCGGUUCACGGUAGAGGGCCUGGUUGAGAAGCCCAUAGCCAUAACUGUUAGGGAGCUUCUCACCGACUAUGACCAGAUUACCUGCCCAGUCACCCUUGUUUGCGCUGGUAACCGUCGAAAGGAGCAGAACAUGUUGCGCAAGUCCAAGGGUUUCUCUUGGGGAGCUGCCGGCCUGUCCACAGCCCUCUGGACCGGUGUUCCCAUAGGAGAGCUGCUAGCUCGGGCAUGUCCGCGGCGAGGUGCCAAGUACGUCUGCUUCGAAGGGGCAGAUAAGCUGCCAAACGGGUACUACGGCACUUCGGUCAAACUCAACUGGUGCAUGGAUCCCAACCGCGGCAUCAUGAUCGCUCACAUGAUGAAUGGGGAGAAGCUCCACCCAGACCAUGGAAAACCUGUGCGUGUCGUUGUCCCCGGCCAGAUCGGCGGACGCAGCGUCAAGUGGCUCAAGAGGAUCAUCGUCACGGCCGGACCCAGUAAUAACUGGUACCACAUAUACGACAAUCGUGUGCUUCCCACUACUGUGACGCCCGACAAGAGCGCGGACCUGCCCGACGUGUGGAAGGAUGAGCGGUACGCCAUCUACGACCUGAACUCAAACAGUGUCAUAUGCUAUCCGGCGCACGAGGAGACGGUGGCUCUGGGUAACAAGGGGGGCAGCUACCAAGUGAGGGGGUAUGCGUACGGCGGCGGCGGUAAGCGGAUAACGCGGGUGGAAGUGACCCUUGACCGCGGAAAGAGUUGGCUCCUAGCCAACAUGAGAUACCCCGAGGACGACUAUCGGCUCGCUCCAGACGGAGACACCCUGUUUGGCGGUAAAAUCGAUAUGUGGUGGCGUGAGACGUCAUUUUGCUGGUGCUUUUGGGAGCUCGACGUUGGGCUCGACAUCCUCGCAGACGCAGACGACAUCAUGGUUCGUGCCAUGGACGAAGGCAUGAUGGUCCAGCCCCGUGACAUGUAUUGGAGCGUUCUCGGCAUGAUGAAUAAUCCGUGGUUCCGUGUCGUCGUCCAUAAGGAGGCGCACUCUCUCCGGUUCGAGCACCCGACACAGCCUGCUCUGAUGCCGGGUGGCUGGAUGGAAAGGAUCAAGAAAGCCGGUGGUGACUUGUCCAACGGGUUCUGGGGGGAGCGCAUUGCUGGUAACGACAGCCCGCAGGCAUUGCCCGAGCCAGAAAAUGAAAUAUGUAUGACGAACAGCAAGGUGAAACGCACAAUCACCCUCGACGAGCUACGGAAGCACGAGACCGAGACCGAGCCAUGGUUUGUCGUCAACGGAGAGGUAUAUGACGGCACACCGUUUCUGGAGGGACAUCCUGGGGGUGCGGCAUCUAUUGUCGGGGCUUCUGCGCAAGAUGCCACAGAAGAGUUUGUGACAAUUCACAGCGAAAAUGCCAAGGCCAUGAUGCCUGAAUAUCAUAUUGGCACGCUCGACGAAGCAUCACAAAAGGCUCUAGCAGACAGUGGCGAAGCCGAAAAGCAACCCGAUCCUUCUAGAGCCGUCUUCCUGCAAAGCAAGGCAUGGACGAAGGCCCUUCUGGAGACAAAAACCAAGGUGUCCCCUGACAGCUUCAUCUUCACAUUCAAGCUCGACCACGCGGACCAGUCCAUCGGCCUCCCGACGGGACAGCACCUGAUGAUGCGGCUGCGGGACCCGGUGACGCGAGAGGCCAUCAUUCGACCAUACACGCCCCUUUCCGAGUCAUGGGAAAAGGGCUACCUCCGCAUCCUUAUCAAGGUCUACUACGACACACCGGGUCGUAAGGGCGGCAAGAUGACGCAGGCGCUCGCCGCCAUCCCGCCGGGCCACUUUGUCGAAUUCAAAGGCCCUGUAGGCAAAUUUGAGUAUCUCGGGCGCGGCCGGUGCACCGUGUCAGGUCAGUCACGUCGCAUCCGUCGCUUUGUCAUGGUAUGUGGAGGUUCUGGCAUCACACCUAUCUUCCAGGUUCUCGGCGCCGUGCUGAACGACCCGGACGAUCCAACAGAGUGUCUCGUCCUGGAUGGAAACCGCGACGAGCACGAUAUCCUCUGCCGCGCCGACCUCGAUUACCUGGCCACUGUCAAUGAAAAGAGGUGUAAUCUCAUAUACACCUUGACAAAGCCGGGACCGGAAUGGAAGGGGGCCACAGGCAGGCUGGACGAGGCUUUUUUGAACGAAAAGGUUGGUCCCCCACCUCCCACGAAUGAUCAGGAAGAUGUGGUCCUCGUAUGCGGGCCUGAAUCCAUGGAGAAAUCCGUAAAGAGUAUAUUUGGAAAGCUAGGAUGGAAGGACAGCCAACUUGUCUUCUUUUAA